CCAGUCUAUAAUUACUAGAGAAGAAGAAGAAGCAGAUGGUGACUGGCUGAAUAACGCUAGCGCGCUUUUCUGGAGUUGUUUUGGUGUUGAAGAUAUAGUGCUGUAUUAGAAAAGCAUGUCAUAUACUGUAUAUGAUGUCUAUGAGCAGUGUUUGUGAAUUUGAGCUGUAAAUGAUCAACAGGACAGAUUAUGGAAGGAGCGAGGUGUCUUGUGGAGUGUUGGGCAGAUUUUGGUGACUUGCUCUCUGCGAAAGUGAUCUGUCAUGGAUCAGGGGUGAUCUUAAGCACCGGGACUGAACACGUCUUGGUUUUUAGUGGCCAAGAGCGGAGAGUUAAGACUGUCCUGCAGUUUGAUUCUCCAGUCACAUCUCUGGCUUUAAGUGCUGAUCAGUGUAGUCUCUAUGCUCUCUGUGAGAAUCAUCUUCUUUACUCUACCACUCUCUCUUCAGAAUCCAGCUCCUUCUCAAGUGAACAGUGUGAUGAGCCUGCUUUGUCCAUGGUGUCCAGCGACUCUGUUUUAGUCAAAGAUGUGCUCUCUUUCACUGUAACAGAGGACAUACUCAUUACUGUCAGUCUGCAAGACUCUUUCUGGACUUUUCAUCGCUAUGAUUUGCCACAUUGUUCAGCCAGGUCCCCAGUAUUUCACACACAUGCAGGACUUCAGCUUCCGGCUGUCAUAGGAGUUUUUCAGAAUGAUGUUGGUUCACAGGUUAGGAUGAGCUCAACUCCAACAAUGACCUGCAUCUACCCCAACUCUUCAGCUAAAGCACACGCAUGUAAACGCCACGCCCGACUCGAUCCUCUCCUUUUCAGGCUCUUAUUUGGAGUUGAUGCAUCUCUUAUCAAUUCUGCCGUCAUUCUUUCUGGCUUACCUGAUGGACGUCUUGUUUUUUUCCCACUACUCUUACCUGCACUAACCAGCUCAAGGGGAGAACAAAAGACACCAAUCAGGAUUUUCUUCAGCAUAGAGCAGCCAGUGGUAUUUAUUGGAACAGCCGUUAUUGAGGAUCAAGGUCCACAAUGUCUGGUUGUGAUUGGUCAGAGGGGUAGAAUUCUGCUGAUCAAGGCUAAUCCAAGAAGCUCUGAUGGAAAGGCAGCAGACUGCAGAUUUAUAGAGCACAUGGUACAGGGGCCUGUGGUAUGUGCCUGUGUAGAUGGUGAUCAUUUAUACUACAGCACUGCCACAAACCUCUUCUCCUUGUCCCUGAGCAAGACUGUAACAAAUUCAUCAUCAUCAUCAUCCUCCAUCACAGCGGUGACAGAGGGAGACAGCAUAAGGCCAGAGAGCCCUGUCUGUCUAAACGUGUGCCGAGUAAUCGCACUAACCGAGCCUUCCAUCAGUCCUGCAGGCAAUGUGCAGCUUCAGGCGGUCUCUCUCAGUGGAAGACUUCUUCAGGUGACCCUUCCUCAGGAUCCAUACAAAGCUAAUGUGUCUAGACUGGCUUCAGCACAAGCAGGACAGAAAAUCAAAGACCUCUUGGCUGGGAUUGGAAAUGUUUGGGAGAGAGCAACAGUAGAGAAGCAACAGCUGGAAUUGAAGAACAACACACUUAAGCGUUUGAACCACGUCCUCAACAUCUGCCACUUGCUUUUAACGUGUCAGAAGAAGGACCCAGAGGUUUGUGAUCAGCAGCCAACAAUCAGCUGUCAGGGAGCAGCCAAGUGGAGUUCGCUACUUCAAAAAGACUCUUUGGUUCUCACUUGCAUACUGGAAAACCACAGUUCAUGUGCUUUAGACGAAGGAUGGAAUCUUUGCCUUCAAGUGGAUUCAAAUAUUUCUGUUAGUGCAGGGGGCUCGUCUAGAACUUACUCAUUUGCUUUGAUGAAAUUAGACUGCGGCGAAAAAACCGAAGUGACGUUACCUCUCGAUAGUGACGGUGACUUAUUUCUCCCAGUUCAGAUUCACUGCUCACUUGUGUACUCUUUACAGUCUUACCUUAACUCAGAGGAUUACAAACAGCUCUCUACUAGUGAACCCUCACUAUCUCAGCUUCUUACACGCCCAGACUGCAUCAGACUAGCUUUGAACACGUUAACACUGGACUGGCUAGAUGCUUUAAGGAUAGGAGAACCAACCCCAAAUGGUGAUCAUAUUCCCAAACAAAUCAGCAUCUGGCAAGCCACUCGCAAGUUCAUGAGCUCUAGACAGGUUUACACAGGUGAGCCGGAAAUCCCGAAGGCCACUACACAUACAGUAGCAAUCCACAUCUCUUCAGAGCUCCUGAGGAACCGGCUCAGUUCACAUGAUUGUAGCAGUGCAGGUCUGUGCAUCUCUGUGCUCAAGUGGCUCUUAUGUGAAACUUCUAAGACAGAGGGUCCAGAGGUGGUGCAGAGUCCAGUGGUGUGUGCCAAAGGGCCGGAUGGACAGGCAGUCAGACUGCUGAUUAAAGAGGUCAUAUUGAGUGACUUUCGCUUCAAAGGACUUCUGUCUGUUGUGGAGGUUCAAGUAGAGAGUGUGUCCGUGGCUGCAGUCUGUGGAUUACAUCAUGCUAUCCUGCGGCGUGUACAGGCCCUUCUGAAGAAUGCUUCUGUGAAGCCUGGGACGCCUGCAGAGCUCAGAGGAGAGCGCUUGUGUGAAGCUGUUCGGCACAUGGAGCGAAUCUAUAAGGACCUGCAGGACUUUCGUGAUCCAGCUGAUGGAGUUAUGAAGAAAAGGAGCACAUCAGAUUCACUUUUUCACCUCUAUUUACAACUCCGAGAGAAGCCACUGGUUAUUCUGUGAAUGCUUACUGCUUCCGUCUGUAUUUCAGCUUCGUUGUUGAUGCUGUACUGUACUAAAAUGUAUUAUUUUAAUACAUAAAGAUCUUAAAUUGAUUUUA